AUGAGCCUUGCUCGAGCCGCUCUCGCAGUCCACGUCGUGAACAAGACGUUCUCGUCAUGUAGUCUCGAGAAGGGUACCACCCACUCUGCCAUGAGUGGCAUGAGUAUGUCAGAAGAUGACGUUGACUACGAGCUACCCCGGGAUGUAGCUGAUCGAUUGGUGAACCGCACAGAACUUCAUGUGUCUCAGGUGAUUUCUCAGUCCAAGUUUCUCCAGACGCACUGUGGCCUUUACGACCUACCCAGGUUCGCCCAUGAAGACCUGAACAUUGGACCCAUGAUUGCGUGUGGAGGCUUUAGCAAUGUGCACGAGAUUGAAUUCUUCAAGAUGGAUACCCCAUUGGUAGAAGGAGACAACGAAGGCAAGAGAUAG